CUCUCUAUAUGAUUAAAGGUGGUAUGGGCGACCUUAUUUUACUUUAUGACAUUCUUAUCAUUCAAAGACUAGUUACUUGCCUUACGCUGUACAUCGCAUAUCGUUAGAUCUUUAUGGAUUGCGUUUAUGGAUUAUAAAACCAAGCAUAACCGACUAUAUAGAUUCCACUUAGGCACUUAAAACCGAUUGCACCUGCGUUUACUAGAAGCUUAUAGCUCACACUAAAAAAUUGCAAGCUAAAAGUGAAAUUGAUCAAUAAAACAAUGAGAGAAGCACGCGAUGUCUGUUUUCUCAUUCUCACUAUUAUUACUCGCCUAGCAUCUUUACUGCGUCAUGCGAUGCCAUCAUUUUGUAUGCAUAAGCGUUAUACUGAAAUAGAUAUGUUACAAGUGCUACUUAAUACACAAAAAUGAGGGAACGUCAGCUUUGUCAGAAAGUAGAUACGCCGUUGCGGUAGAAAUAGCUAGUUCGUGCCGGCGAUUCUUGACAUCCCGUAAUUUUAUAUUUCUGAAAAUUUUGACUUGACAAAGGGUCGAUGGCACACGCGGCACAGGUCAGUUCUAUCGUAGCAUUCAAACGGAAAGUAGGAUAUCAUGCUGAAGCAUGUUUUACGAGAGUACAAUCUCAAUAAGAUACUAUUAUCAUAUUUGGGUCUCUGGCCGUUUCAAAAUAAACUCGUAAGAUGUUGGUUACCGAUUUCCUACCUUGUGUUUCAAAUGACUAACUAUCCUUUGGUGGUAAUACGUUAACACAAUUUCAUCUGCGCGAAUACGAUUGAUAUUUACAAAAGUGCUAGUAUUCUAAAUAUCGUUUAACAAUAUUUAAACUAUAAUUAAUAUUGCGCUUAGAUAAUAAUGUUGUACGAUCAUUGGAAAAACUCACGAUUGGUUUUCGAAUGUUGCUCUCAAAUUGUCUUAUUAAUCACUUUUGACGCAAAGUUACUUAAUGACUUUCGGAACAACGAGAAGACCCGGCAAUUAUGCGAAGCCAUGGAGAACCAUUGGAAUAUAUUUACGAGUGAAUUUGAAAUGCGUGUCCUUAAAGAGUAUUCUCUCAUUUCACGAAAAUUUACAAUAUUUUACUCGCUAAUAAUGUUCUCCAUGAUAACGAUAUUCGUGAUGGUUCCAUUAACACCGAUACUACUCGAUAUCAUACGGCCUCUUAAUGAGUCACGACCGCGAUUUUUCGCGGUCUCUAUAGAGUGGAGAAUAGAUAAGGAGAAGUAUUUCGUGCCGAUUUUUUGUUACAACUUAAGUAUAAUAGUGACAGGUACAAUUAUCAUGGUUGGCAUCGAUUCUAUGCAUGUCACCUGCACUGUUCACGCUUGCAGUUUAUUCUCGAGCGUUGGUCAGCAAUUCGAGAAGAUAAUAUCAACGCUGGAUAUCAACGAGACAAGCGAGCAAGUGAUAUAUCACGAAUAUGUCACAUGUUUAAGGAAAUAUCAACUCGCUUUAGAAUUUGUCGACGUACUGAAUUCGAUGUAUCGAACAGUAGCAUUGAUCAUGCUGUUGAUGACCGGUGCGAUUAUAAGUUUAAUUGGAGUUCGAGUAAGCAUUUACACGUAUUGUUUUAUAGAGAAGAGAAAAAACUUAAAUUACUAUCAAAAAAGUCAAAAAGAUCUUUUACAUAUGUAUGUAAAAUUCUGUGUAAUGUAUUCCGUUUAUUGCAGAUCGUAUAUGUAUUAAAUCAGUUGGAAGAAGUAAUG